CUGUCUUCUGCAUAUUUCACUCUACUCUCGGUUUCAAAACCAGCAAUUUCGAAAAAUAUCGAAUUAUUCAAGGAUGAAUUCGACAAGCGAUUCUCCUACAAACUGCCAAGGGAAAGAGAUGAAUUUAAAAGGCGAACCAACGAAUUUGUGAUUUCCAGCUACUACAAACCUUUCACUUCCUUGAAGCUCUUUAAAUUAUCACUGAUUUCAUUCAUACCAAUUAUUCAAUGGUUACCGCAUUACAACUGGAAGGAGAAUCUUUUGCCUGAUGUUAUUGGAGGAUUGACAGUUGGUGUAAUGCACGUCCCACAAGGCAUCGCCUACGCACUACUAGCUAAGCAGGAGGCAGUAAUCGGCUUGUACACGUCGAUGUUUCCAUCUUUGAUAUAUAUGGUUUUUGGUACUUCUCGACAUAAUUCAAUCGGAACGUUCGCGGUCGUUUCGCUAAUGACGGGACUAGCAGUGGAUCGUUUGACACACGUUACUGACAACUUACCUACGUCAAUAGAGGUUGCUUCUGCUCUCACCAUUCUUGUCGGUGUUAUCCAGUUCUGCCUUGGAGUGUUACGACUGUCUUUCAUCACCACAUACUUCUCUGAUCAGGUAGUCUCCGGGUUCACCACAGGAGCGUCAUGCCACGUCUUCAUCUCUCAACUGAAGGACGCUUUUGGUCUUCGUGGCAUGCCCAGCAGAUCGGGGCCCGGAUACUUAUUUCUGAAACUUUAUGACAUAGCUGCAAAUUUCAAUCGAAUUAACUGGGCAGCCGUUGUCACAUCCGUCAUUUCCAUUGCGUUCUUAGUCAUCGGAAAGGAUCACAUAAAUCCUCUUGUGAAGAGGAAAUUUAAAACGUCUAUUCCUCUUCCAUUCGAGCUUAUAUUGGUGGUUGCAGGAACAAUGGUCUCGUACUUAUUAGACAUGAAUCGUAUUUAUAACGUGAGAAUCGUUCACCACAUUCCUACAGGCCUUCCUGGAGUUUCAUGGCCUCGGUUUUCCUUGAUGUCGGACUUGAUUCCUAAUGGCUUGGGUAUUUCCGUGGUUGUCCUAGCCGUCCACAUUUCAUUAGCAAAAAUGUUUGCGAAGAAACUUAACUACGAAGUUGACCCUGGGCAGGAGAUGUACGCAAUGGGUUUGGCAUCUAUUGGAAGUGGAUUUUUUCCGGUAAUGCCUAGCGCCUGCUCUCUCGGAAGAACAAUCGUUAGUGUGGAAAGUGGAACAAGAACACAGCUCUCAACUGUCUUUUCGAUUAUCCUUCUCAUUUCUGUUAUUGCAUACUUUGGAAAACUACUGGAGACCUUGCCUAUGUGUAUCCUGUCAGCGAUUGUCAUUGUGGCGUUGAAGGGAAUGCUGAACAAAUUUAAGGAGCUUCGAACGCUGUGGCCCUUAUCGAAGAUAGAUUUUAGCAUCUGGAUUGUGAGUUUUCUUGCGACGAUGUGCAUUGACGUCACAGAGGGAUUGGCUAUAUCCAUACUUUUCGCCCUCUUCACUACAAUUAUAAGAGAACAGUGGCCUCGUUGGCACUUACUGGGCAACGUCAGUGGUACCAGUGACUUCAGAGAUUUCGAAAAAUACGAUGAUGUGUAUUUCUUCAAGGGAAUUUGCAUGUUCCGAUUCGACUCGCCGCUACUUUUUACCAAUGUAGAAACUAAUUCACAUGUUGUGAUAUUAAUUCACCAGCAUGUUGUGGUGGUGAACGCGUUACUCCCCAGAAGGACAACAGCGUGUUCGUUCCCCACCGCAGACACCUGCGGUCCAGAGUUUUGCAAAUAUCUAAGCAUCAUUAAAAGUUAUAUUUCGUAG